AUGGCCUUCGCCGGCCCUGUCCCUCUCCUUCUUCAGAAGCUCCCAGAAACUCCCCAGUCGGCGACCCAGCCCGAGCCUCCUCGGGUACCAAAUGAAACUGAACGCCCAGUGGGCUCCCGGGAUGGUUCUUCCCGUUCUUUUCGCCGCCUUCAUCCGGUGAGGGAGCCUGUGCCCACCCUGCCCAGUCGCUUUCGAGGCCGCUGUGGCGCUUCCGCUGCCAUCUUCGGAUCCUGUGUUCCGCACGGGGGCUCCACCAGGGCAGGGAUGGUGGCGAGGGUCGCUCGUGGGUCCCCUUGCGAGGAGCAGGGAGUCAAGCCAAAGUCAACUGAUUUGGUGUCCAAUAGAGACCAGAACUCGGUUCACCAGCGACGUGAAGACCUGACCCAGACGAAGCGGACUUUCUCUUCGUGGUGCUUUCCGAUAGGAAAUCUCCUAGGAUUUCUUUCUUUCCCUUUGAUCUACUCCCAACUCUCCUUUUCUAUUUCUUCAAACCUUUUUCGGAUCCCUACUGAGAAGGAACUAAGGGGCCACUGCCCUUCCCUACCGGUCCCUCCCUGGCUGGGUAUCUUCGAAGCCCAGGCUCACCGGGAACGUUACUGCCCGCCGGAGAUAGCGAGAGGACCAAGGAGGGCGGCGGGUGAGGUGGGAACCACAGAGUCACCUCGCACCUGCGCCUCAUGGGCUCCUAGCAAAUUGAAUAAAUGCCCCCUGAAGCUUCUCUGCAGGUCACAGGGAAGGGGAGGGUGGCUGCUAACCCGCUGGAGAAGCUUCAAGAAGCAUCGGGAGGACCUGGCCCUGCCCCUGCGCCUUGAAGACAGGCCUGACCAGGCUGAUUUUGACGAGUGGGCCAAAGAAAAGGUUCAAGGGCGGCCCAAACCUGACCCCGAGAUUAAGGCUCUUAAAUGUCUGACGGUUUUGAGCCUUGUCAUUAGAAUCAAUCUCGCCUGUAUCAGGAGACUCCUUUGCCAAAAUUCAGAGACCAAGAAAGAGAAAGAUUGGGCAGAUCAAAGCUCUGAUUCCACUUCCUCCGCAAGCUUCAGCAUGGCCGUAUCUCCCACCACUUGUUUUGGUCCAAACGCAGAAAUAAGCAUCCUGGAAACCAAUCAGUACUUGUGCUCUGAACUGGAAAAAUGCAAACAGAACUUCCGAGACCUCACAGAGAAAUUCCUGACAUCCAAAGCUACUGGCUACUCCCUGGCCAAUCACCUGCAGAAAUACAAGUGUGAAGAGUGCAAAGACCUUAUAAAAUCUGUGCUGGAGGAGGAGCUGCAGUUUCAGGAGAGGGAGCUGGCCGAAUUGCCGAGGCCAGCUGCAAGGCUCCGGUAA